CUAUGUCACGCUGGCCCUGGCACCUCAGAUAUUCCCACCCCAGCCUCCUCACCGUAGCACCUGGCCAGUCGGUACUUGAUAAACAACAUGUCUCACCCCUUGACUCCAAGACGCCGGUCGUGUGCAUGUAUAUAUCGUGGCACCUACCGUCUUAUCAAGCUUAUCGCCCUUGGCCAUUCUCUGUCCGACACUUUUGGCUCGUCCAGCGUCACUUUUCAAUUAGUUGCUGCUAACGCGCCGGAAGCAUGUCUACCAUAACGACCUUCACACCGCAACACUCUUCGCCACUGGCUCGUACAAUCUCGCCCUUCAAAGAUCCUCGACCCCCGCCAUGUGCACCCGGAAACACGGCACAAAUAUGGGAUGAGUACGAAAGACGCGCUGUAGAAAAUGCAAAGAGACGGGAUACCACACCUUCUUUAGCCCGCCGUCAGGCACAAGGAUCGCGUCUUUCGAGCGGCACCGUAUACGAUAUCAUCAGGAGCUAUGAUCCGCACUCAUCGCCAAGGACACCAUCCAUCAAAGGAUGUCCGCAGUUCGACUUUGGCUUCCCCACGCGGCAGCACCCACAGCUCCCGGCCGAGGCCACCACAGUGGCCAUCUGCAAGACAUGCAAAGGCCCAAUCAGGUCCACACUUGGAAUCUGCGAAGCAUGCAAGAAGACCAUCGUCCUCUCCUCGCCAGCAGGCCAAGCCACGCCCCCACUCACCCCUACAACGCCCGCCUUCCCAGCACCAGACCUCCCGCGAUCAGCCAAGCCCACGUCUCCCAGAACCACGUCUCCCGCGGCCGCCUCCCCAAAGCGCCGCACCCACCGCUCCUCUGCCUCAGCAUCCGCCUUAAUACCCCACACCUUUGAUCCCCCCAUCCGCCUCUCCUCCCUCCGCCCCCCACCCGCCCUGCAAACCACCCCCCGCUCCUCCCUCGACGCCGCCCUCUCGCGCCCCCGCAAAGCCAGCCUCCCGGACGCCGCAGACAGGCACCACCUCCCCCGCAAGCCCCUCCCCACCGCAGGACCCACCUCCCCCAUCACGCCGCCCUCGACCUCGCAUAGCCGGACCUCCUCCAUCUCCCCCUGGGCGACCGCGCGCCCCUGCUCCCUCGCAAACAUCACGACCCCGCCCAGCACCGCGGGCGCGUACUACUCUUCGUCUGCGCGGCACAGCAGCGUCAGCGGCGCGGCGCCGUCGGAGCUGGCGUCCCUGCCUAGCACGAGUCCGCCGAGCGUGUGUCGCGCGAGCUACAGCCUACAGAAUACGAUGAGUGCAUGGGAGGAGAGCGAUAGCGAGGAUGAGGAGAAGAGGGGGCUGGUCAAGUACUGGCGGGGGAGGCGAUGGCGGGGGAGCAUUGGGGGUGGUGGGCGGCGGGGGAGUGAAGGUAGUGGAGCAGGGCUGGGGGAGGUCGAGGCAGACAGAGCGAAUGCGGGGAGUGGGAAAGCCGGGGGGAAGGGCAGGAGAAGGGGGUUUGUGCGGGUGAUUAGCUGUGGGUGUGAUGAGUGAGGACAGAGAGAGCGGUGUGAGGUGCGGUGUGGUGUAGGGUGGGAGGAAGACAAAAAAAAUCGGUUUCUGUACUAGGGUUUGGGUUUUGUACAGCAUCGCAUUGUGUCCAGCGGGAUAACAGCGCACGGAGAUGAGAAAUGAGUAUAAAACACCGUCUUCUCUCUGUCCUGACAUCACCAUCUUCCAUUGAUAUGACCUCCAACGACAAUGACCACAACUCCAAAGUGCCUCCAUCUGCUCCAUCACUUCAAUGGCCGGAUGUAGUCGGUGCUGCUGUCUCAGAUUCGGCCAUACUUUCCUCAUCCACGCCCUCACUCUAGUCCUUCUCUGCUCCACGCACCCAGCACCA